AUGAGUACUACAUCGGCGGCCGAGAGGAGCUCAUUGACGGCAUCAUCGGCCGCAGCUACCACAGCAGCGAUCCUCGAAGCUGCCGAGGCCGCGGCGCGCCAGCAGGACGGCGGCUGGAAGCGCUCGACCCGUCGACGCAAUGCCAAGCAGUUCCGCCGCAGCACCUCGUGCCCGUCCGUCGCCCUCCUUGCCUAUCUGCGCACUCAGAGCGCCGCCGCAGACGCCGACCAAGAACAACAGCGGCAACCCGAGGAGAAUGCAGUGUUUCUGCCGUCGUUCCCUGAUCUUGACAUCGACGGCGACCAUGGCGGACCGCCGCAGGAGGCCCUGGACUGGGAGCGGGAGCACAAGGGCGAGGCCGACUCGCGCGCGCGUCUCAGCCACCCGCAGCCGCAGGCCUUCCGCAUCGAUAUCGGUGAUGGCUUGCCGGCCACGUCUGCCCACUACGUCCGCCGAUCGACCAGUGCGGCCCGGGCGCCCGGACUGCACGCCCACCAGCGCCCCGCCAGCAGCGACAACCGCGUGUGGCUGGUCCGCCACCACCCAGACGAGGGCCAUGACUACGCCGAGUUUGCCCUGGGCGAGGGCGACGACGGCGACGACCACGAGCGGGAGGACGACGAACGCUCAGAGUGGAUGCAGGUUGCCCGGGAGCGCGAGCAGCUCGAGCGCGAGCGGGCCGACCUGUUCGAGGUGGUGCGCAUGUGGCGCGACCGCGAGGAGGAGCACCUGACCAAGGAGGCCAAGGCCCGCCGAGCCCUCAAGCUACUCCUGCAGGUCAACGACAACAUCGAGGACGACAUGCGGCGCCGCAGCUACUGCGGCGGCGGGCCGCCACAGCGCUCACGGGCCAUCAUCAAUGACAUGGAAGCCGAGGAGCGGCGCGGCGACCGCCGGCUGAGCCUCGUCGUCGAGGUACUCACGCGCAUGGCCAGGGAGCAGCUCGAGGGCAACCUCCUCGGCUUCAUCCGCAAUAGCAUCGACAACACCAACACCGCCUCUGGCGCUGGCGCUGGCGCUGGGCACAACAAGAAGCCGUUCGCCUACGUCGGCACGGGUCACGCCACAUCGCGCUACAACCACAGCCACGGCGCGUCGGGACACAUCCUGGACCACUCCCGCUUCCACUACGACCCCGAAGAGGAGCGCCACAAGGCGAAGAAACUCGGCGCGAAGCUCAACCAUCACCAUCAUCAUCAGCAGCAACAUGAAUUCGAUCAACGCCAGAAGAAAAAGCCCCGACACCAGCAGCGCAACAGGCAGGCUAAGGCGGAGGCGGAGACGAAGGAGGCGCACGACGGUCGCGUCGGGUUUAGUAGAGCGCGCCGGUUCUCGACCAAACAGCGGUACCUCGAGCACCUGGCGGCCACCCACUACUCCCACGGCGGCGACGACCCGGACCGACGCGCUGUCUCCAUGCGCAACUUCAAGCGGCCGUCGCUCUUUGCCGUGGUCGGCGGCGGCGGCCAGGGACAACCGGUCGACUCGCGGCGUAGAGCGGCGGUCCACCGUCGCGAGCGGAUGGACCGCGUGGCGUCGGUGGCCACCUUCGACCGCCGCGGGCGCGUCGAUCUGCUGGCGUCGGCCAACACCGACGAUGAGGGCGACGACGACACAGAGCAGCUGAAGGAGGAGCAGCAGGCGAAGAAAGAGCUGAGCGAUGCCGUCGACGCCAUAGUCGCCGUCGCCGAUCAACUCGCCGCCGACGAGAGCGUUGAGGGUCCUGCCACCACCCCGUGA